AUGGUGAACUCCCCCGAGUUAUCGGACAGCGAGAGCGAACGCCAAGACUACAAGCGCGCCAAAUCCUUCUUCAUAGACGCUGUUGUCGACCCCCUGCACGAAUUCGGCGCCGCCUUCAUGGCCUCGCGCGAGAACCCGCUCGAUGACCUGCGCCUGAUCCAGGACCCGGCCCUCGUGGCGGCCGUCCCGCUCGACCGUCGCCCCCCCGCCACCAUGUUCGUCACCAUCGGCGCGACGGCCUCGUUCAAGGACCUCAUCACCGAGGUGCUGUCUCCCCAAUUCCUCGAGGUGCUCGCCGAGCGCAAGAUCAUGAGCCUCAUUGUCCAGUGUGGUCCGGACUUGAAGUAUUUUGAGGAGAUCCGCCCGCAGAAGGGGUUUGAUAGCCAUUGGAUCGAUAUCACUGGGUUUGACUACACAAAUGAUAUGAAAGGGGAGAUGGUGAAGUGCACGCCGAGUGAUGGGAGGGAUGGGGGUGAGGAGAGGAGCAUGGGUAUCAUUGUUUCGCAUGCUGGCGCCGGCACCAUUCUGGAUGCUAUGAAGGUUAAUUCGAGGCUGAUCGUGGUCCCCAACGCCACCUUGAUGGACAACCACCAAGUUCAACUAGCCAAGGCGAUGGACAAAGAGGGUUACCUCGUUCAUGGUCAUCUCGGACGCGUCCAUGAGGCUGUCAAACGUAUCGAUAAGCAUCUCCCCCCCAAUUGGCCCCCUCAGCCGCCUCCGGACUCAAUAUAUUACAGUCUUGAGGACGUUUGCCAGGAGGUCCUACAGAACUCCCAUAGCGUCCACCGCACCAAAAAGGAAGAAGAGGAGUACAAGUCGCAACUCUACUAG